UACACGCUUUAACUCCCAUCAAUCCUAUUGGCUCAGGGUUUUUCAGAGUUUGUUUUCCUCAUCAGCGAUUGGGUAUUAAAAGUAACGGUGAAGUUUUAUUCCCAGUUGAGGUAUUCCGUUCAUUUUUUUCUUCUUUUGGAUCCCGUGAAAUCACCGUUACUACAGUCUGGUUUGCAAUGUAAUUUGUCUUAUUCAUUUACAUACAUUUAGAUUUAGCCACAUAUUCAAAGGUUUUUAAUAAUACUUCUUAUUAUUUGCAUCGAGAAACUUUUUAAAGGUGAUAAUUGUACGUGCAUUCCAAUGGCUUCCACCUGUUUGCAGAUGUCAGGGUUUUUGCUCAGCUGUUUCGGAUGGAUUGGGAUCAUUAUCGCGACUGCCACCAGUGAGUGGGUCGUGACUUGUAGGUUCGAUAUUACCACCUGCAAGAAAAUGGACGAGCUGGGGACUAAAGGUCUCUGGGAAGACUGUGUGCUGUCCAUUGAUCUGUACCACUGCCGGUCGCUAACCGAUAUACUUUUACUACCAGCCUACAUCCAGACGUCUCGAGCCCUGAUGAUCUCAGCCUCUAUCCUGGGGCUGCCUGCCAUCCUCCUCGUGAUGAUGUCUCUACCGUGCAUCAAUCUGGGCAGCGAGCCAGAAUCCAUUAAACACAAACGUUCUGUGUGGGGAGGAGUUCUUAUUAUACUGAUAGCUAUCUGCAGCAUUAUACCCACUGUCUGGUUCCCGAUCGCAUCGCACCGUGACUCAGGCUUGGUGACGUUCGGCUACUCUCUGUAUGCAGGCUGGAUCGGCGCAGCGCUCUGCCUGUUCGGAGGCUCAAUGAUCAGCUGCUGCUCUGGAGACUCUCCUGAGUACAGUGAGAACCGCUUCUACUACUCCAAGCAAAGAGCGGCCCCAUCAACCUCCCCAAACCACGCCAAGAAUGCCCACGUGUGAAGGUGGUUUGUAUCACACAGACUGUGCCCUCUGGGGUCACGUGUAAAGUACUGUACAUUUUUGUAAAACUAUAUUAUGUUAAAACCCUUAUGAAUUUGUUGAUCAGCAUAAGAUUCUGCAGUGCCUUCUUUAGGAGAUCAGCAUAUUCUGAUCCACAUGUGAAGAAUACCUGCAGCAUAUACAACAAAUGAAACACCUUAACCUCCAUAAAACUAGAACGUAAAGCUGCGUUUCCACGACCAUGAACUGUGAGUGAAAUACCAUUCCUCUUAGUCCGAUCCAGGACCUCACAGUAACAUACAGGGGGACACACACAGUACUGACCGCUGGUGUGACUUUGCAUUACUGGUAAACCAGACAUACAGUUUGUGGACUUCCUUAAACAUUUGCCAUAGUAAAAGCAUAGCAAAGUGUAAUAAAGCACAGUGAAAGCAUUUUAAAGAAUAGCGAUGUAUGUAUUGCCAUAACUAUGGGGAAAGCAUGGUAAAACAGCAAAUAUACCAUGCAAAAAUACUGUGGUAAACUUUUAUAUGGGUUGUUUCAUAAUUAUUUCUUUUGGACUUAAAUUAAUUGCAUACAGUAUUUAUAAGCAACAAUGGAGUGACAUCAUUUUCACUUAUGGCAGGAGAAAUACUAACUUACUUACGCAACAGUAGAAUUCAAUGAAGUUAUAAUCAGUACAAUACAAUGUAAAAAUGACAGAGAAAUACAAUUCCAUUCACUUUUUUACUAUGCAACUUUUGAGUUUCUGGCAACCAGGUUUGCAAUAGAUCCUGUCAAAACGAAAUGUUUAUAAUUGUUCUCAGGUUGAAAGCAAGGAUCAACUGAGGGAGGUCAAGUGCAGUUCUUUUGAAUGGUGGCUGAUCAGAUGUACACACAUCACUCUCAAGAGUUAUGUACAGCUAUAUUUAGAUUGUAUAUGUGCAAUUAAAGUUACAAAAAAUCCUA